GGCCGCAGCUUGCCAAUUCCCCCACCGUGAUAGUGAUGGUUGGCCUCCCAGCCCGUGGGAAGACCUACAUCUCCAAGAAGCUGACUCGCUACCUCAACUGGAUUGGUGUCCCAACAAAAGUUUUCAAUGUGGGGGAGUAUCGCCGUGAGGCGGUGAAGCAUUACAGCUCCUAUGACUUCUUCCGCCCUGACAACGAGGAGGCCAUGAAAGUCAGGAGGCAAUGUGCCCUGGCUGCCUUGAGGGAUGUCAAGCUAUACCUGAUGGAGGAGGCUGGCCAGAUUGCGGUUUUCGAUGCCACCAAUACCACGCGGGAGAGGAGAGGGAUGAUCCUAAACUUUGCCAAAGAAAAUGGGUUCAAGGUGUUCUUCAUUGAAUCCGUCUGCAAUGAUCCCACGGUAGUUGCCACCAAUGUUAGGCAAGUCAAAUUGUCCAGCCCGGAUUACCGGGACUGUAAUUCGACCGAUGCCAUGGAGGACUUCAUGAAGAGGAUCAAUUGUUACCAGGCCAGCUACCAGCCCCUUGACCCUGAUGACUAUGACCGGGAGCUUUCUCUCAUCAAAGUCAUCGAUGUCGGCCGGCGAUUCCUGGUCAACAGGGUUCAGGAUCACAUCCAGAGCAGGAUUGUUUACUACCUGAUGAAUAUCCAUGUCCAGCCCCGUACCAUUUAUCUCUGUCGUCAUGGUGAGAGUGAGUUCAACCUCAAGGGGAAGAUUGGAGGUGACUCAGGCCUUUCCAACAGGGGCAAGAAGUUUGCACUGGCACUGAACGAGUUUGUUGAAGAGCAGAACCUGAAGGACCUCAAAGUCUGGACCAGCCAACUAAAGAGGACAAUCCAAACGGCAGAAGCUCUCCAACUGCCCUAUGAGCAGUGGAAGGCCCUCAAUGAAAUAGAUGCUGGUGUGUGUGAAGAAAUGACAUAUGAAGAAAUCAGGGAGCAGCAUCCAGAGGAAUUUGCUUUACGCGAUCAGGAUAAAUAUUACUACCGCUAUCCUUCUGGAGAGUCCUACCAAGAUCUGGUGCAGCGCCUAGAGCCGGUCAUCAUGGAGCUGGAGAGACAAGAGAACGUUCUUGUGAUCUGUCACCAGGCUGUCAUGCGCUGUCUCCUGGCAUACUUUCUGGACAAGAGUGCGGAUGAAAUGCCCUACCUGAAAUGUCCCCUUCACACAGUGUUGAAGCUGACCCCGGUGGCCUACGGCUGCCGGGUGGAGUCCAUCUCGCUGAACAUCGAAGCCGUCAACACCCACAGAGAACAGCCAGAGGUGAGUGUUGCUUUUCCUCAGAGCCAUCCCUUGGUGGCCCCCUCCUUUCCCCUACGGUCAGUUGGCAGUGAGGACACCAGGGCAAAGAAGGGACCUAACCCGCUCAUGAGACGUAAUAGCGUUACCCCUCUAGCAAGCCCAGAGCCCACCAAAAAACCUCGCAUCAACAGCUUUGAGGAGCAUGUGGCUGUUUCUUCCGCCCUGCCAGGCUGUGUUCCUCAGGAAGUGCCCACGCAGCUGCCGGGACAACCUUUACUAGGGAAGGCAUGCCUGUAA